AUGGGUGUUUCUAUGGAGUUGGGACAUAACAUCGAAAAAGUACGAGACAAAAUGAGGGAAUUGAUGAAACAAAUAAUCCUCAUAUACUGUGUAGCAAAGACUUUUCCCUAUAUUUUAGAGGGUUUGCGUUCAAGAAACAAUAGAACUCGAAUUGAGUGCGCCGAUUUUGUUGGAUUCUUGCUGGAUAAUCAUGGUUCUGAGAUAAGUGGGCAAUUAAAAUCCUUGCAAAUCAUCGCUAGCUUGAGAGCUGAGGGAGAUGGUGAAACUAGAAAAGCUGCUUUAAAUACUCUGGCUAUUGGAUAUAAGAUUCUUGGUGAUGACAUUUGGAGAUACGUUGGGAAGCUUACACAGGCUCAGAGAAGUAUGUUAGAUGAUAGAUUUAAGUGGAAGGCUCGUGAGAUGGAGAAAAGAAAGGAAGGCCGCCCUAGUGAAGUUACGACUGCUUUAAGGCGGUCAGUGAGGGAUAAUGGUUUCGAUCAUGCCGAGCAAAGUGGGGAAGUUUCAAGAUCUACAUCUGGCCCAAUCUUCAAUAGUUCUAGGGAGAAUUUUGGUCAUUCUGAGGUUCAGAUGGAGAAACAUCCUAUGCCACGAACAUGUUCCGCGCCUGUUGGUCCAGCUGACUGGAAUGAAGCUCUUGAUAUAAUAUCACGUGGUUCUCCUGAGCAGCUGCAGUCUGUUGAAGGAAUGAAGGUUGUGUGCCAUGAAUGGGCUCAGGCGACCAUGGAUCCUGAAAGCAGUGGAAUGGAUGACAUUGUGAAAGAUGCUGAUAGACUUGUUUCCUGCCUGGCAAAUAAGGCAAUUGCUACUUUAAUUCCUCAUUUUAAAAGGCCAUUAAUGUUGUAUUAA